CGGGGCUGGGCCAGCAGCCUCGGCGGUGGCGGGGGCCGCCGCUCGCCCCUCAGCUCCGCCAGGGCCGGUUGGGCGCUGGGGGCCCCGCGCCGCCGCCGCCCCCUCACGGCGGGGUGUCGCCCCCCACCCUAGAGUCGCAGCCCGCCCGGCCUCCGGGGCUGGCUGCCGGGACGGUCCCACGGUACCGGCGUGCCGGACCGGGAGCCGGAGCCGCCGCCGCCUCCCCCGGCGGCGCGACGCGGGGCGGUCCCGUCCGGGGCGCUUCUCCGGACUCUAAAACGUUUCUUGACAAGCCGCCUCCCUGCGUGCGGCACCGCGUCCCGCCGGAGCUGAGGGGAUCGGCCGCUUUGUUCGGGUACUCUUGGUGCCCAGCCUUUACACGCGUAACGCUGGAAGAAAAGCAAAGAAAGUUGCCUUUUGUGAGAACUCUGUCAGCUGUUAUCGCUGGUGAAGCUGCCAAGGAGGAGCGUGGAGGGCGGUGGCAGCUUUGGUGCUGCAACGUUCUGCAGUGGGAUCCUCCGUGCUCCAGUGCUCAGGAGAGCCUGAGUCACAGGGGGAAGUCAGACACAGGUGCAGAAAGAGGCAGCAUUCCAUGUGGAACCCAGGGAGCCUGAAAGAGGCUGUGAAAGCUAGUGGAAUGAUUCCCUGUGUAGCUGAAACUAUGUUAGCUGACUGCCGCUAAUGGCAUGGUGAGAUGUGUUGAAGAGCAGCUGCGAGGCUGUCCGACGGCAAGGGGACUGCUCUAGAAGCUGGGCUUGCAACAUCAUGGGCCAGUGUGUCACGAAGUGCAAGAAUCCUUCUUCUACCCUCGGCAGCAAAAAUGGGGAAAGGGAAUCCAGCAGCAAGUCGCAUAGUAAGAGAAGUGCAGUCCACAAAGACGACCAUGGCUCAGCUUGCGGGAAGUCUUCAGGAGAUAUUCUUGUGAAUGGGACAAAGAAAACGGAUGCUGCUGUGGAGUCUAGUCAGCCUCCAACGUUUUCUGGAGAUACAAAGAAAGACACUGUUUCCAGCGCAGAAGAAUCUUCGCUCCAAAGGAUCGGGGAGUUAUUUAGGAGGUAUAAGGAUGAACGGGAAGAUGCCAUACUGGAAGAAGGAAUGGAGCGAUUUUGCAAUGACCUCUGUGUUGAUCCCACUGAAUUUAAAGUGCUAGUUUUGGCUUGGAAAUUCCAGGCUGCUACCAUGUGCAAAUUUACAAGGAAGGAGUUUUUUGAAGGCUGCAAAGCAAUAAAUGCAGACAGCAUUGACGGCAUUUGUGCAAGGUUCCCCAGCCUCUUAAAUGAAGCCAAGCAGGAAGAUAAAUUCAAGGAUCUCUAUCGUUUCACCUUCCAGUUCGGCCUGGACUCUGAAGAAGGACAGAGGUCGCUACAUCGGGAAAUAGCCAUUGCCCUUUGGAAAUUAGUCUUCACUCAAAACAAGCCCCCCAUUUUGGACCAGUGGUUACACUUCCUAAUCGAGAACCCCUCAGGAAUCAAGGGAAUCUCCCGGGACACGUGGAACAUGUUUCUAAAUUUUACUCAGGUGAUUGGACCGGACCUUAGCAACUACAGCGAGGACGAGGCCUGGCCGAGUCUCUUCGAUACCUUUGUGGAGUGGGAAAUGGAGCGAAGGAAAAAGGAAGAGGAAACCAAAUGUAUUACGUCUUCGGACACAGAGGGCCUGUGUGCGGAGGAACAGACUUAGCGGCAUCGAAGCAGCAGUGACGGAAGGAACCUGUUGCCCUUCAUGAAAUGUAAACUCUGGAUGUUUCUGGAAAUUACCGAGGCUCCAGACUUUUCUACUUUACACCUUUUUCUGCCUUGUCUUUGAAAGGGCUCUAAAAUGCUGUAUCAUGUUUUAGGCACUUUCUUCAUUUUGGUUAUUCCUUUUACUCUUGCCCUGAAAUAUUUGACCCUGGCUACAAGUUAAGCGUUUUGGGGUUUUUUUUUUUUUUAAGACUUCAGAUUAGUAUAAGUAAGUCUGAGAUUUCUUGCACAAUGUAGAUCUUUUUAGUUAGGUUAAAUUAACAUUGCUAAAUUAUACAGUGCCAGAUUAAGUUUUUCAUACUACAUCUGUCAGGGCGGGUCUGUACUGUGUGUAGUGCUGUUUACAUUGUUGGAAUUUUAGGCUGUAAUAAUUUUAAGGUUUUAUACCAAGAUGAACAGCAGUGUUAACUGUUAACUAUAAAUGCAUUAAUCCCCCCUGGUAAUAAGGCCCUAAAAACCAACGUAAGCAACAGCUUUUUGUAAUAUGGCUAAUUCCCAUUUUAAAGCUAACUCUUAGUGAAUGAGUCCAGGUCAUUCCUUUUUUUGGAGUUUCAAACUAAAUGUUGGGAUUGUUUUAUAAAAUUACUGUACCUGUCAGUCAACUGAGUGGUAGAUGACGAUUUGUAUCUAAAUCUCUUACACAUCAUGUAAUAAAAGAGCAGUACUACCUCAGUUUUAUUGAAAGUGGACUUCUUGAUGGACUUCCAUUUUCUCUGGAAGUUGUAUUUUUGUGGUUUCUUGAGAAUAUUUUUACUUGACUAAAAGAACCAAAGGUUCUGCUUCUUAAGUUUGCUAAACAUUGACAGAAGCAACACACAAACCCUAAGUCUUCAAGGAAAACUGUGGUAUAAUUCUGCUUUAAUUUGUUUGAUUUAUACCUAAAGUAUUAUCUUACUUGUCUGGCAAGCACAGUACUUCUAUGUAAGGAAUUAUCUUUUGCAUUAAUAUUGACGAACCAAUUUUUUAAAACCUAUGUUUAAUUGCUAAAUCGCAGUUAAUACUCCACACUUUCUGGAGCAACAAUAUCGGCAUCUGAUGACAAAGUGAAUUCUUAAUGUGUUCUUAAUGACAACAGUGUAGAUGAGUCGUUUUUAGACUGAUUUGAUAAUAUUUGGAUAGGAGUCAAUUUAUUAUUUUACAAUGCCUGUAUUGGGACUAUUUGCCUGUUGAAACUGUUGUGACUUAAAGGGAGUUUUAUUAACACUGGUUGAAACUUUUUUUGGUUAUUGAUGCUACCUUUUUUAAUUUUAGUAUGUCAACUUUUUUACACCUUUUGGUAAAAGGGAUGAUUGCCAAGGCUUUCUAUAGAGCUAAAUACUGGCUUAAUGAAUUUGAUACACUUCCAUUACACACCUUUUCUUUUCAGAGCUGCGUUUCGGGAUCAUAAAACAGCUUCAAUUAAAAAACAAACCGAAACAAAGAAACGCAACCUAGGCAGUCAUCCGCAGCAUCUAAUGGCUUUUGUGAUCUAAGGGUUUUAAAGCUAAAGGGAAACAGAUUUUAAGUGGCGAGCUUCUCGCUGGAUCCAGGAUGGCACCUGCUUUGCACGUCUGCUGUGCCCCAGGGGUGUUGGCAGGGAGAGGAGGAGGAGGAGCUGCCUGAAUUCUGGCACUGGCUUUGCUGGUGUGCAGCCUAUGCAAUAGCUUGGGUCUGAGAUGAUAAAUCACUAACAAAAUGUGGGUAUUGAAAACUGUUUAAAAACAAACCCACAAGCCACAGAUAGCAUCUCUUUCAUUUAAUAAAAGGAGAGUUUGGUCCGUGCUGCUUCUGCAAGCUCUUGCUGGGAGACGUGUUGAGCUGUGGAGAACAAAUGUGGUUGUUCCAGAUGCAGCUGAGUCUGGCGCUUUGCAGGAGCAGAGCCCUGAACUUGCUGGAUUAUAGGGAAAUAUCCCCAAAGCUUUGUCCUUGCUAGUAUAACCUUCCAAGCUCCCGUGGCACGAGUACUGUUCAGCGGCAAAAUCUUAUUCUGAUUUGGUGAGCAGAGCAGGCCAAAGCACUUGUGCUGGUAUGAUUGAAUUUAUGGUGAGGCUUUCGCUGGUGCUGUUAUUUUUAAAAAAGAAAAAAAAAUAUUCCCCAACAGAGGCUGCUUUGUUAGCAACAGUUCCAAAUGGAAACUGAUUUGGUAGUAAAUGAAGACUGUAUUUAUAAGUUUGAGACUACUCAUUCAUUCAGCCGUUAAAUGCUUUGUUCAUCACUUCAGUAUUUUUUUUUCCUAAAGGGAAUUUAAAAUGUCCAGAGUGUGAGAACUAACUAUUUAAAUGGAUAGCCAGUGCACGCACAUGCACACCCAGUCGCGGCGGUGGCUGCAGCUGGUUUGUACGCUGAACUGCAGCAGCUCCAAAGGGUGAGGGAUAGAGCUCUUCAAGGUGGGUGUUUUUCUUGUGCUCUGAAUGUGGAUUUGCAGUAAGGAAAGCCAUUUGUAGCACAUCAAGGCUUAGCCUGUUUUAGCGCAUCAAAUGUAAUACCGCUUUUUUUUUUGAAGAUGGUGAUGGUGAAUAUAUAGGAAGGGAAUAAUCUUGUUUCCUGUUGGGGAAAGGACAUACGAUUCUCAGUGGCUCAAGUCACAAGCUUUCAGUACGAGAGGAAAACCUUGUUCUUGUUCUGCCGCUUUCUGCCCAGCAGGAGCAACUCCACUCGUUGGGUAGAAUACUUGCAAAAAUAGCCAAAUGAUCUGUCUAGCAAAGAGCCAUUUGUUUUUAGCCUAACUUCAUUUUUUUAAUUACCAUUUACAGAAUGCAUGCCAGACCUGUAUCAGUUUUAAACUCCUGAACCAGGAGCUGAAGGCGUGACUCUUUGGCGGUGCUGGAAGUGAGAGAGGGCUCAGACCUGCCCUUGCAUUCCCUGGGGAUUUGAUGAUCCUAAACGAUAAUAGCCCAUGCUCUGUAAUGCCGGUGUACCUGUGUGGGACUGGGGUUUUGUACAUGUGUUUGAGAAGUUUUUGACAAUAUUGGAGCCUCUGAAAAUAUGCUUGUUUAAUGGUUAAACUGUGAAUAUCUGUGGAACAGGCCAAAUACAUUCACUCUUCAUUUUUAUAUAAUUUAAAUCUUUAUUGUGUAGGGCACAGGACUGUAGUGAAUAGUGAUGCUGAUGGAAUCCUUGAAACCAUUGCAACUAUUUAAUUUUUUUUUUUAAAUUAGAGUAUGCAGUAGAAAACUUGAUGCAUGUAGUGAAUAUGCUGCAACUUGGCAUAAAUAAUAGGUAACUAUAUAGAUAGUUUUAGUAAUAUACUGGAAAACUGGUCUGACAUCCACACUCUGGCAUUUUAUUGCCUUCCCUUAUAUGCAAAGAAAUACAACUCCUGUAAACUUUACUCCUGAGUAAUAAAACAUUGACCCACCUGCACCAUAUUAUAGUUUGCAACACCUUUAAAAUUUGGCUCCCAGAUAACUGGAGGUUCAGUUGUGCUAAUUUUCACUUGUGUGGGUGCGUUUCUAAGGUCAAAGACUAUUUAUUGAUUCAAGUAAGGACUUGAAAGAUUCCGCCUGUGGCUGGCCAUAAAACAUGACCGAGGAAAUUAGUUGAAAUUGAAUGCUGGAUUGUGAGUUUACUUGCUGCUGGUGCUAUUCUAUAUGGAGAAUUAUAGCUUUUGUUUUUUUUUUAAUGUUGUGCAAUCGUAGUGAAAGAACCAUGGGAAAAAUAAAUGAUGGUGUGGCAGGUGCCAUCAAAUCGGAUAGCUGCAGCCGGGGGCAGCUGGGUCCGCCCCGGGAGGAGCGCUGGCGUCCCCGGGCUGGCGGGGCAGAUCUGCCCAUGAAUCAGCCUCCCAACCACUAGAGCUUUUCGGCUGAGCACGUUUAAGAGCGUGACAGGAGUUCCCCCUGCUCUGCUGACCGGGGAGUGACUCGGGCUCGGCUGCGGAUAGAUGGAGCCCCUCUUCCUGAGGGCAGGGUGGCUGUCGGGUGCGGGGGUCAGAGUGCUGGGGGCGGGGGCAGCUUUGCCUGUGUGACUUCUGUUUCACUCCUCGCAUGUCCCUCAGAACCCGAGUAACCCGGGGAUCCCAGGGUUCUACUAGCCUGUCACCCGUGGUUCCCAGACAUGGCUAUGCACUGACCAGUGACCUUAGUAUUUUCACGACACUGACAACAUAAGUAUCUUCCUUACGGUUCUAAGCCUUGUUUCCAAAAAAAAAAAAAAACCCCAGCAAAGAAACACCACGUAGUUAAUAGCCACCUCAGUUGUGGUGUAAUCCGUUGGCUGAGGUUACAUCAUUCCCAUUCAUCGGAAAAUAAUAGUCAUUGUGAGUUUCUGGGUCUCGCAGCCUUGUGUUCUGCAGUGUGAUCCUUUUUUAGAAGAUCCUCGUUAAACUGGGCACCCAGUUCUUCCGUUGAGCUCACUCUGCUCAGAAUGUGUGCGUGUGAAUUUAGCCUCUCGUAUUAAAAAGGAAGAUGCUUAACCUGAAUCUUAAAGUUCUUCGGGGUAGUGUUUCAUUAACAUGAAUACUUUUUUCAAAUAAGUAUUGAAAGCUAAGUGUUUGCUUAAAUUUUGUUAUGUGCAAACAAAACCGCCAGUGUUAAAACUUUCUCUCUGGGCUAUUGAAGAUCGAAUCUUUGGUUUUCUGUUGUCAAUUGAAGUGAAAUACAUGCGCUUGUUGGAAAGAAGGCUGUAACUCCUUCACCAUGAAGUACAUAGGUGUCUCUACCUCUUGUUCUUAGACUUGAAUAGUUUAAGGUUACCAUCCUUUGCUCCCAGGAUUUUAAGCCUGGAUGAGUAAUCUUUUUUUUUUUUUUUUAAUUGACCCAAGUUAAGUAUUAUCUAUUUGCCGUACUUUUUGGUAUACCGCUUUUAAUCUGCAUGCAGUCGACCCUGUGAAAGGGAGCCAAGUCAAGCUGCAAACAGAGCGUCGGUCCUCCUGGGUGCUAGUUUUGGAGUGCAAUGGAGUGUCCGACUGGAGCUGCAUCCCGUGUGGCUCAGGGCCUUUUAUCAUCACACGUCCUCUUCCCCGGUCCAGCUCCCUGCACUGACAAUAAAUUGAAGAUGGAGCAGCUGCUCCCCAGGAGGGAGCCACCAGCCUUUUCAUUUGCCCUUGAAAAACUUUAGGAACCCACCUGAUGCAGUGCCAUGAGUGUGUUUUUCUUUUGAGGAAAAAUACUGUGUUCCGUUCCAUCGGGCUGGACCUGUAACAACCAGCGAAGAUGGGAGCUGCAGAAGUGUAACAGCUGUACCCGUCCUUUUCCUCCCUGAGGUCAGAAUCUUGCUCAGGAUAAAGGAUAAAACCCUUACACUUGAGCAAAACUGGAGAGUUCUGGAGUGUUUUGGAGACGCCGGAGCGGCGUCUGCGCUCAUUGAUGCGUGUAGGUGGUGUCUCUUCUUCAUGCGACACAUCCGUGUCCCUUGCUUUCCUCCCACAAAGAAAACUACAACGCAAUUACCGUCAUGGCAAGUCCCGAACAGAUGCUGCAGCAAAAUUCUUCUUCCAGUUUGAGGGCCGCUUUCGGAGUGCAACCUCUUGCGCUGUCUGUUCGGGCACAUAUUUCAAGGGAGCGCAGGGGCCCGAGAGAUGAUUAGUAAAAGGAGCGUCAAUGUACUAGUCCUGCUAACAGCUUGCCUUAAAUCACUGAAAUUACAGCGGUUCCUCGCUACUAUUGCAAUCCUCAGUCAAGAUCUGUAAUUAGAUCUUAAAAUCCAACAGGUUCUGGAGGUUAUACAACACUUUUUAAUUUUAAAAAAGCUUCUAUCUUUGCGUACUUGCACUCUUUGGAUAAGCCCUUUCUGGAUAACACGUCAUUUCACACACACACAGAAGAAACCCCAUCCAUCCCUGAUGUUCUUGCUGUAAAAUGUUUUGGGGUUGUUUGGUUUUGUUUUUUUUCCCCCUGUAAAUUAUAUUUGGACUAAAGGUUGCCUAUUGUUGAAUCAAUGCAUUUACUUGAAUGUUGCCAUUUUAUGCAGUUACAGCUGCUGACUCCUGCUCUUCUCUGGGCCCGUGAGAGGGGAGAUGCUGUGACCAGAGGUGACAAACCCGCACAGGGAUCAGCGGAGCUGAAGGCUGGCUGCUGGUUUUAUACUCCCAUAUGUAUUACGUAUUAGAGGACGUAACAGAAUAGUGCUUAAUAUUUUGAAGUUGUGACUUUUUAAGUCGCGCUAAACAGUUAUCUUAAGAAUAUGCUCGCUUUCUUGUCUAUAAGUUUAAAACAGUCUUUAAACAAGGCGAUGGGCUGGUGCUGUUGGUGGUUGAGUAACUCGAGUUCCGAGAGAUGCGGGUGCAACUGGCGGGGUCAGGUCCCAACCCGGCGCUGCUGGGGUCUGCGCUGGCUGGUCUUGGGGGCGUGAAGGGACUGGAAGGCCUUGAGAGGCUGCGUGGAGGAGAAGGGUCAGCCCGGGAGAGCUGGUUGACGCAGCUGUAUUUCUUGGAGGACUUGCUUGUGGAUCUUGGCCCCAGUUUAGCCUCAAGUCACCCUUUACAGAAGGAAUGCAUUUUGAUAGUGUUUGCUCCCAGAGAAGUAACUAAUUCUAACUAAGGAAAUGACGAGAGCGCGCCUCCGUGCAGCUUUCAUGGAAUCAGAUGUGAAUACAACUGGCUGGUCAGUCUCUCCGUUCCUCAGUGAACCAGCAAGGGUAGAUAGGGUCACACCUGCCGGUCUUUGUGUGGGGAGUGGUUUUUGCCUUUUCAGACUUACCCAGGAGAUAACCGUGGAUGGUCCAACGUUCUCGCCCUGGGAAACGAUGAAUGUAUUGCGUGUCGUGGGGCAGACCCGUGCUUCCUCUUUUAGACAGCAGUAUCAGAAGUGCUGUGUAAAUGUAAUGCUUGAAAAUGGCUGGAGUAAAUUCUGUUUCAUGUGGGAUCUGUUUUUUAAAAGGAUGUGGCCAAAUUUGAAACGAUGAUCUAGAGGCAAAGUGGGAGUAGUUCAAGAUGAUGCAUCCACUGUGUCCCAUUUGGUUUGUAAUUUUACAGUUACUUUUCAUAUAUCAAAUUUUGCUCACCGUUGUCUGGAACAGAAUGGAAACAGCAUCUUACAGAAUGUGCAAUCUAAGGCACAAUGCAAAUAGGUUGUGAUGAGAAGGUUGUCUUUACUUGAUAGCAAUCCUGAGUGCAAUGUUUUUGUCGUGUCCCUUUUGGAAGAAGAGCAUUAAGUGCAGUCUGAGGUUUUUCUUUUCUUAUAAGCAAAGCAUUGGUUUGUCCAUUACUGACUUCUUGUGGAAUUUGUGCCAGAUGUAUAUUAAAUAUUUUGGUGCUUUUUCUAAUCCAAGCUGCCAUUCAUUUGCCUGUGAGAUUAUUGUACUUCUGUAUAUUUAAAUGACCAAUCCUUAAAGAAAAAAAAAUAAUCCUUUAGUCACAAUGUAUCCUGACUACUGUAGCUUUGUAAAUGUUCCAAAGCUUCUGGGUUUCCUGUAUUCCAGUAAGGUCUGAGGGGAGGGAGGGGAACGGCUAGAGAAACCUAACCCACUGGAAAGGGGACUUGCACGCUGUUCUGUGCAUUACUGAACAAAUGAGUAACAUUUGUGGUGUUUACAUGACACGUUGGUGUUCACUUUUUUGUGCUCAAGCUUUGUACAAAAUGUCUUAUUUAAAGCUGACGUCCUUUUUACAUUUUCAAUUAAAAGGGGACAAAUUAAUUAUUUUUUCAUGCCUAUAAAUAGGACUCUUGAUAGUUUUAUUUGCCAUCUCCAGAGUUUCUCAAGCAGGAAUCCUGGAUGUUCACUAAAUCCUGCCUGGUCCUUGCAGGGAGGUGACCACGUCAUUGUUAAGUGAAUGGAAUGAAAAACUAGCUGCUUUUUUCUUUUUUCUGCCUUUGCAGUGCAAGUGUCUACAACAAGGAGAUGCUGGAUGGGAACAGUCUUAAGAGGAGCACGUUCUUGCAGAGGGAUGAGUGCUGCGGCCCUGCCGUUCCCCCCCUUCCGCUGAGCUGCCCGACCCCGGUCGCUGUGGGGCUGGGGACGGGCAGUGCUGGGCCAGGGGACCCACUCCCUUCUUUCACACGUUGUAGUAGCACCAACGUCGAUGCUUCUCCCAGUUUGGGAGAGCUACAGCCAAAGGAUGCUGGGCUCAUUGCUUCUUUUUAGAAGAAAAAAAAAACGAUUUGGCUGCAUUCAUCUUGCUUAAUAAUACAUGUCAUUUCAGGAGUUUUCGAGGCUUAAAAUUUAGGUAUGAAAGACAGACGUGAGCAUCCACUGCCUGCUCAGUGCUGCUGCCUCUGGGCCAGUGCUGUGUUUGCCUUUCUUUCCCUUGCCUUUCUUUUUGCCGGCUCCUCCACGCAGCAGCUCCCAAAUUCUACUCCAGAAGCUGC